GGGGGCGCUUAGGGCUGAUGCCGAGGGCUGGGUCUAAGAGAGCGGUCAGUGUCGGGCCUUUGGCCUGUGCGGCCAACUAGCCCGCUUGACGGUUCGAGGACGGGAGGGGGACCGCAGGGAUCACCUUUCCCCGCCACGUCCACCUCAGCACCUCGGGAGCAACCGCAGCAUCUUCUAGAGAGCCUCCUUCCCUUCCCCGUUUUCCUUACUUCCUCCGGGCUGGGGUUCUCGGUCGCUCUCCUCGCGCGAGGUCCAGCCAUGUCCGGGCUGCUGGGGAAGUUGUUCGGGAUCGGCCCGGGGGAGAAAGGCGGCGGGAAGGGGCCUUCUCCCCAGGAGGCCAUCCAGAGGCUGAAAGAGACCGAGGACAUGCUGAGUAAAAAACAGGAGUUCCUGGAAGAGAAGAUCGAGCAAGAGCUGUUGGCGGCCCGCAAGCACGGCACCAAGAAUAAGCGCGCUGCACUCCAAGCUCUAAAACGAAAGAAGAGAUAUGAAAAGCAACUUGCUCAAAUAGAUGGCACACUCUCCACAAUUGAAUUCCAGAGGGAAGCCUUGGAAAAUGCUAACACAAAUACCGAAGUGCUCAAGAAUAUGGGCUUUGCUGCAAAAGCAAUGAAAGCUGCUCAUGAUAACAUGGAUAUUGACAAAGUAGAUGAACUCAUGCAAGAUAUUGCAGAACAGCAAGAGUUAGCUGAUGAAAUUUCAACUGCUAUCUCCAAGCCUGUAGGAAUUGGUGAAGAAUUUGAUGACGAUGAACUGAUGGCUGAAUUAGAGGAGCUAGAGCAGGAAGAACUGGAUAAAAACCUGUUGGAAAUCAGUGGUCCAGAGACUGUUCCACUACCCAAUGUGCCCUCUAUAGCUAUACCUUCAAAGCCUGCUAAGAAAAAAGAAGAGGAGGAUGAUGAUGACAUGAAAGAGCUUGAAGCCUGGGCUGAAAACAUGUAACUGCACCAGCAGUGAGCUGGAUAAAUAAUUGGGACUGGUCACCUGUUGCUAAAGGUGCACAUAUACUUGGGAGACUUCAUUAAGCUCAAGGUCUUUUAUUUCUUUAAGCCCCAAACUGGGAAUUACAUUCUACAGAGCUUGGUUUGAACAAAGUAAACAAAAGUUUCCAAGAAGGGCACCUGUAAUAUAGAAUGUUGAAUUCCUUUACAUAAUAAGUGUUAUUGGCAAAACUCCAAUAUUCAGCUUCUGGACUUAGCUAAUGCCAUUGCUGGAUCCUCAUCUUUCAGAAUUCUGACUGUGUUGAGACUUGGGAUGUGAAAGUGGUAACUUAAGUUGAAUGAAAUUUCGUGUAAAGCAUUACAAAAUGGAAACUCAUAAGCCAUUAUUGGCUUACUGUGUUUAGAUGUACAAAUGCAUUAGGCUUUUAGUACUUUAAAGUCUGUAUUUAUAUUGGCAACAUUGAAAUGCCUCUCAUAAUGACACUGAACUUGGUCACUUUCCCCAUUUUAAUUGGUGAAGUGGAUUUGGAAUGAUAAAUUAUUUUGUUAUGGAAAUAAAUUAAAUUUACACCUCUGUUCUAGCUGUAUGUUUUUCUAGAUAGCACCUGGAUGUUUACUAUUUGUGACAACCGAUAGCCCAUGCAGAAACAAACAUACAUUUAUUUUAAAUAUGAAUGCACUGUAUUAAACUGAUUUUCAUACUGUCUGAGGUGUUCAUUUGUGUAAAUAUUACAAAACUUUGAAAAACUUUUUGGAUUUUCUUCCAGUUUAUUUCUUAGUUUUUUCCUCAUUCUCUCAAAAUUUGCCUUUGAGAUAGAAAUAUUGUACAGAUAUUCCAAGUAGUUCUCCACAAGCUUUUCUUUUCUUUGUUUUUUUAUUCUUCAGAGAGAAUGAUCUAGAAACAAAUAUAUUUCAGCAUUAAGCAGAAUUUCUGGGAAAGUUUUGAAUUCAUCUUUUUUGGAUUGUUUACUGUGUCUAUCUACCUUUUGAACUUAUUUUCCAUUUGAGAUUUCAUAACGAGGUCUAAAAGAAACUUGGCACUAGAUCAAAAAAUAACUCCAUAAUAAUACUAAUGAAAAAAAUAUUUUUUUCAGUUUGUAUAUGCAUAUAUUUUACAGUUAUGUCAUUUUUAUAUGAAACUGAAUGGGUGUUCACGUACACUUUAUAAAUGCAUUUAGUCUUUACCAAAGUGCUACCAAAUCCCAAAGCAACACACUUGAUCCUAAUGCUGGCUAAUCAUGCCAGGUUUUUUUUUGUUCUUUAGUAUGCCAGAAUUUUAAUUGGAAAACUUACCAAGCUAUAAUUGAACAUAAUAUUCUGAUAUGUAGAAACAGAAAUACAACAUUUCUUUUUUUUUAUUGGAAGCAGGAUACAAUUUUUAAAGCCCUAAAACAGAUCACACUCAUUCUUAGUAUUGUUAAGGAUGUAUGUGCAUGCCAUCUUUCUCACAAUUGUUUGAGUAUAGAUCUCCCUAUUCAUCUUUAUGAUUUUUUAAUAUCCUUCAGUGUUCUUUUUCUCAGGAUUGUGAGCCCAUUUUCUCAGGAAAGAAGAUUAUGUACUAUUAUACUGAUGUACUGCUUUCCUCCAUAUACUUGCACCGCAUGGUGAAAGCAAAAUAAAAGUUACUAAAAUACUCUUGGGUUUCAAAGUAACUGCAAUUUUGUAUAGUUGUCUUCAAUAGAGACAUAAUGGCCUUGAGGGUGGUUGUAAUACAGUGCCGAGUUACCCAUUCUCAGUAGCUGAUUCUUUGGUUCAUUUUCUCUGAUGUAUUUACUGUAAUUCACUUUGUUGUUUAAGAUUAUCACCUUAUUGCCGACCCUGAAUGAAAAGUCCUACAGAGCUUGUAUGAGAUUUUUUUAUGAACCCCAGAACUAUAAGAAUUCUAAUUGAUAAAAUUGGUUAUAUGUCUUGCUUCUAUGGAAUAAACCAGAGAAUGAUACAUAGAUCUAGCUUUUACAGUUCUUUCCAAACCAUGUUUUUUCUUCUGAUAAAGAUUCAGCUAGAUUGUUUUUAAUUAGAAAAGUAAUUAGAAAAUUUAUAAAAACUAAGUCAUUUAAGCAAAUGUAAAGGCUGUGUCACAGGCUCAUUUUUGUUUGAUAGAUGGGGUGGAUUGGAUUUUACUAACACAAGAUACUUUAUUGAUGAGCAGUUACAAAAAUACUGUAAAAUUUGGUUCUCAACAAAAAUAAAGCCUUUAUUAAGUCUGUCA